AACAAAAUGAACAAUGUAAAACUUUGAAGAAUUACCAACAUACGUGUAUGUCUGGAUAAUAAAUAUCCAUGAAGGAAUAUGUGGCUAAAAAUAAUCCUAGCGUUUUUUGUUUACAACACAAUCAAGUCGAAAAGGCUAGUUAUUAAUACAACUUGUUUGGAAUUAUCCGAUCCCUCAAAUCAAAAGUUUCGUCUCUCCUGUGUGAAUUCAAGUGACUAUCACUGUCUUCUAGAUAGAGAUUCAAUCAAUGAGUAUGAGGUCUGCAGGAAGUGGAAGUGGAUUGCCGCAGGUAAAUGUGCGUACUUUAAUACAUAUGAGGAGGGUAAUAUCGAUGGAAGACCUUGUAUAAAUUCAACAGAUUUCGUUUGUCCAAAAGACCUACAUUCAUCUAAAGAAAACACAAACUAUCCUGCGUGUUAUAUAAAAAUCAUCACCAGCACAAUAGCAACAAAACUAAGUUCAUAUGAAGUAACAUCGGAAAGUACAACAUAUGUUUCAAAAGAAGUUUCUUCUGAUGGUAUGAACUUCAUUGUCUCUCUGAUAUCGGACCCUACUGACAAACAAUCUGAUAUAGCAAUGAUGACAAGUGCAGUUGUUUCAGGCGUCACUUUUCCUGUCCUUCUUAUUGUUGCGAUUGUCUUCAUCUGCAGAAAAAGGCACGCAUUGGAGAGGAAUAAUGAGGACGCUGAAUCUCAAUUUCAUCAGGAAGAGAAUACAAAUGGUUUAACAAGAGAGAACGAUGAGGAGGCUGGGCAAGAACUGCAAGCCCUUGUGACGAAUGAAAACUUUUCAGCAAGAGAGAGUGGUAAUGAAAAUGAUGAUGAAAAAAUACCAGAAAAAGCUAGUGAUGCAUCAACACUCAGGAUACUUGAAAAACAGUGACAGCAUGAGGAGAAAACUACAAAGUGACGAAAAAUUGCGCCAAGGUUCCAUUGCAUUUUUUCAACAAAAAAUGAUUUUAAAAAAAUUGGAUAGUA